AUGAGCUUGCCUCGAAGGCGAAGGCCCUACAAGCUCGCACGCGCAAGCCAGACGGCCUUGAAGGUUGGUGCCACGGCCAGCAGCGCAGUUUUCACUGGAUCUGACAUGGUCCGGCUGCACCUCCGCACUGCCCCUUCUCGGCCACCUGGUGCAAGCUGGGCGUUGAGUGCAGACUGGCGCCCUUGCAGUACCGGCAGGUGGCCCAUGGAUGGCAACGACUCGGAGACCGACCAAAUCUUCUGGGGCUCUUGUUCUGCAAAAAGGCCUAUGGCAGAGCCGGGCGAAGUUCUGCAUCUACCCUCCAGAGCAGUUUGUGCUGGCCGUUGCAAAGUCGGGCGAUGCCCGGCAUGGCUUCUUGUUGCUCACCCGGUCAGGCGAGAUAGGCGUAUUCACCCCGAGAGACGGGCUCGUGACCACCCCUUUUCCUUGGAGGAAGCUCGAUCCCACUCGAUGGCACCGCCUCCUUGCCGUCGGCAAUCGACAGAGCACGGCUUUCUUCUGCGACGAUCGGCACAUCGGAUCGGUGUCUGCAACACCAGGGCGGUGGCGCUGGCCUGCUAG